AUGCUACAUCACGGAGACUGUGUUUCUGUGUGGAUUCCUCCUCCACGAUUUUCAAAUAGGUUAAAUGUUGCAGAUGAAUCCAGAGAAGCACGUUACUAUGUCGCUGUACAGAUACUGGAAGCAAAGGUCAUGAUGCAAAUGGGUUUAUCUAUAAUUGAUGAUGGUAACAGCCAUAACUUCUUCUGUGCCUUACGUCUUGUUGUUGACAGUCAGGCAUCCGAGCAGCAAAGGCUUUUUCCUCAGAGUGCAAGAACAAAGUGUGUCAAGCCUAUAAUAUCAAGAAUUAAUAAUCAGGAUGAAGGCAAUGUAAAGUGGAAUGAACUUUUUAUAUUUGAAGUUCCCCGAAAGGCCCCUGCUAAGUUGGAAAUAGAGGUUACCAAUCUUACUGCAAAAGCUGGGAAAGGGGGUGAGUGGGAGAGUGUCCGAUCAUUACUUCCACUUACAGUUGGUCCAAAAUUCUUAAAGAAGGAAUAUAUCGGUAUGGAAGUUGUGAUGAAAAAUGGGAAGAAACAUGUAAUUUUUAGGGGUCUUGUCGGAGUAGUGAAUGAUUCUGAUGUUAUAUUGAAUAUUUCAACGUGUCAUGCUUCUAGUGGUCAUGAGCCCUCACUUGGAACAAGCUCUUCAAAUACAGUGGUAGAAGAAGUCUUUCAAAAUCAGUAUUAUCAGCCAUCAUCAGGUUGGGGUAACAGUUGGCCAGAUGUACACCCUGAUAAUCCUAGACACUGGAGCACAAGGGACUUCUCGUCCUCAUCAAAGGACUUCUUCGAACCUCCACUUCCUCCUGGGUGGAAAUGGGCUUCAGGUUGGUCCAUAGAAAAGUUUCAGCAUGUUGACAAGGAAGGCUGGGCAUAUGAAUCGGACAUUAAAAAUUUAAGAUGGCCUCCUACUUCAUCAAAAUCUUCAACAAAAUCGGCCUCUGAUGUUGUCCGUCGAAGGCGUUGGAUUCGUACUAGACAACCCACUUCUGAACAAGGUGUAGAAUCCUUGCAAAGUGGAGUAAGUACUGUGCACCCUGGAGCAUCUACUGUUUUAUCAUGGAGAAGUACGUCAAAGGAUUCUGAACAACAUUUGCAAAUUCGACCUAGCUUUGAUAAUUCUCAGCCCUCAUAUUCAUGGAGUCAUGUUGUAGCUGUUGGUUCAACCUAUAUAUUUAGCAAAGAUCAACAAUUAGAUCCAGGUUGUAGACCAAAUUCUGUGACAUCAAAUUGUUCUUUAAAGCUAAAUGAGAUUGAGAAAAAGGAUAUACUUCUGUGCUGUAAUCCUAGCAGUGGAAGUAAACAGAUAUGGUUUAGUGUGGGUACAGAUGCCUCAGUCCUUAAUACUGAACUAAAUACCCCUGUAUAUGAUUGGAGAAUAUCUAUUAACUCUCCUAUGAAAUUGGAGAAUCGGCUUCCUUGUCCUGCUGAAUUUUCAAUCUUAGAGAAAACAAAGGAAGGAAACGGUGUCGAGCGACAUCGUGGUAUCGUUUCUUCUCGUCAGAGUGUACAUAUAUAUUCAGUUGAUAUUCAGAAACCUUUGUACCUUACUUUGUCUGUGCAGAAUGGUUGGGUUAUGGAAAAGGAGCCAAUUCUUGUGCUGGAUCCUGCUUUAUCAAAUCAUGUCUCAUCUUUCUGGAUGGUUCACCGACAAAGUAGAAGGAAAACAAGAAGCAAUUAUUUUGCCUAA